CUGGGCCAGCAAAUUCGUCUCCUGUUACAUUACUGUGGUGAAAAGUUUGAUCAAGAAUUUUACGUUGCAGGCCCAGGUAAAUACACUUCCAUUCCAGCAAGUGCAAAAGAGCGUGCGACUCUUCUGAUGGUUCACCAGGCUGCCAUGGAUAUCCGAAACGCCUUUUACCGUCUCACCUUCGGCCCAGAUUACGAAGUAAACAAAAUAAAGUAUUUGGAAAACCUGCCAGCAGAUAUCAAGCGCCUGUCUGAUUACCUUGGAAAACGCAAGUUCUUCUCUGGAGAAAAGGUCAAUUAUCCAGAUUUCAACAUCUACGAUCUUCUGAUUGUUUUGUCAACGUAUGCGCCUGGAUGCCUUGACAACUAUGGUAAUCUAAAGUCGUAUAUCAAACGCUUCGAGAGUAUUCCGGCGAUCAGGGAUUACUUGAAAUCACCAGAUUACAUUCACCGUCCAUUUACAAACACAAUGGCGCACUGGGGCUACUACUUCGACUGA